CUUCACACUGACUGUAAUCUGUUUAGACAUCAAAGACAACUAAUUGUUUGAAGCGAUGGAUCAGCCAAAAGCGCACCUUGUUCCUGGACCUACAGUGGUGCCACGGUAUCUUCAAUCCCGCUACGCCACAACAUUCUACGGCAGCGGAGAUCUCGAGGCUGGAUGCUUGAAGGUCUACAACGAAUGUUGUGCCCGUCUCUCCAAAGUCGUUUCCUUUGAGCCAGCAAAGGCUCAGGGCGGAUCGAUCGUGAUCAUGUCUGGCGAGGGGAUGGUCGGACUCUGGGGAGGACUCAAGUCCGCGAUCCCUUGGCCGUUCGAUUACGAUGACGCAGGAAAUCUUUCCCAGCAGAGACACGAGGAAGGAAAAGAAGGCGGAGAGAAAAGAUUUAGGGUGCUGUGUGUGGGGAAUGGAGUGUAUGGGUGCGGGAUGCUUGAUAUGGUGAGGAGCUUGAGGUACCCGAAUGUCGAGGCCCGGGCGGUCGAGGGUCCCUGGGAUCAGGGGGUGGAUGUUGAAGCGGCCGUGAGAAGCAUUCAGGAGUGGAAACCAGAUCUUGUUACGAUGGUCCAUUGCGAUACACCGACGGGAGCUUUGAACUCGGAGGCGGUGAAGGCGAUCGGAGAGGCGUGCUCGAAGACGGAGGCAUUGUUAUACGUUGAUAUCGUUAGCUCCGCAGGUGCCGUGCCCGUUGACAUCUCAGGUUGGAACAUCGAUAUCGGCUUGCUCGGGUCUCAGAAGGCGUUCUCGUGUGAGCCUUCGCUUGCGAUGGUGACAGUGAGUGCCAAGGCAUGGAAGCAAAUCGAAAAAGUCGCCUACACAGGAUACGAUGCCCUCCUCCCCUUCAAGGGCGGUGACAAGAUGACCGGCCUCCCAUACACACCACUGUGGUCUGCGUUGGACGCCCUGAAUCUGCAAUUAAAGACCGUUUACGGCGAGAACAACGAGCAUGCGGAAGAAGUCUAUGCGCGCCACGAACGUGUUGCAGAGUACUGUAGGGAGAGGGUGCAAAAGAUGGGGUUGAGACUCUGGUGGGACAACGAGCAUGCGUCGCUGGGUUCCGCAUCUGUCACGGCUAUCCGUGUCCCCGAGAACACGACCUGGGAGGAGCUUGACCAGAAGUUGCGCAAGGACGGCGUUAUCUUUGGUGGAAGUUACGGACAGACGGCAAACGCGCUUUUUAGGAUCGGACAUAUGGGUACUCAGGCAGAUAUGGAGACGGUAACUUAUGCGCUGGAUGUGUUGGAGCGGAUUGUUGCACAGAAGUGAAAGGGAGGAAGGUCUCAUAUUCACUCGCAUCUGAUUAAAGAGUACAAAUUGCCGAGUUGAUUUUUUUUUUUU